AUGGCGUUUUUAGAAGCAGCCGAACACGGAAAUAGAAGGGAAAGGUUUUCCCUGCUCCUGUUGGAACCAAAUGAGAUCUACUUUGAGGACUUCAGCGCCUUCUACUUUAUUCCUGGGAAGAGUGACGAGGAUGCCAUCAGGAAGAGGAUUAGGGGUCGCAUAAAGCUCUGCUCCCACUCUGUGAUAUUUGAUCCACAAAAUGUUGAUUAUCCCAUUCUCAAGUUCCCAUUUAAAGAAAUCAACAAAAUAGAAGAAUCGCACCUGGGUGAUUUUUCAAGAUCAGAAUAUAGAGGGCACACUUUCUUCAUGGAGGUACAGCAAGUCAUCGAAAUGAAAGGAGGUAGCACCAUUGCACCAUUUGUCUUCGAGAAGGGUUUGAAAAAACAUGUGUUUUUCCUGAACCAUUCAAGACUCGAUGACUGUCUUCCGCACAUGCACCAGCUGAAACGAGCUUCCACGCUGCAUUUUGGAGACCAGAACUCAAUGAUCAGUGCAAUAGUCCAGUCAAGGCAGGCAAGGACCAAAUUUGACAAAACUUGCUUUGAUGACCUGUAUGAGAAGAUCAUUUUAGAGACGCAAGGUGACCGUAUCACACCCCUGGUUCUGUGUCCAGGAAAGAUUGUCCUGACGUCCUCGAGGCUGUACUUCCAGUCCUUCAACAACAUCGAUCCAGCGAACCCUGUAUGGAAAAUCAAACUUUCAGAUAUCAAAACUGUAACAAAAAGGAGAUUUCUUUUGAGGCACGUGGGCAUUGAGAUCUUCUGUCCGCAGAACAAAGCCCUCUCUCAUCUGUAUCUGAAGUUUGCUGAACAGGAAAUGAGGGACAAUUUCCAUGAUAAGUUACUGGAGCAGCCAUGUCUGGAUCUUGAUGGCCUUGGCCAGGAAAAUAUGACGUUGAGAUGGCAGAAUGGUCUCAUAACCAACUACGAUUAUCUCAUGUUUCUCAACAGUAUGGGUGACCGGACGUUCAACGAUCUCACACAGUAUCCUGUCUUUCCAUGGAUUCUAGAUGACUACUCGAGCAAAACCCUAGACCUUGAGAACCCGGCGACAUUUCGUGAUCUCAGUAAGCCAGUUGGAGCACUGAAUGAAAGCAGACUACAGGUGCUCAAGGAACGGUAUGAAGACAUGCCAAGUCCAAGAUUUCUGUAUGGAUCUCACUACUCGAACCCUGGCUUUGUCCUGUUUUAUUUGGCGAGAGCAGCCCCUGAAUAUCUGCUCUGUCUUCACAAUGGAAGAUUUGAUCAGCCUGAUAGAAUGUUCAACAGUAUUCCUGAUGUGUGGCGCUGCUGCCUGACUGGCUCCGAUUACAAGGAGUUGAUCCCGGAGUUCUUCCAGACAGAACCGGCGGGCGAUCACGACGGAUGGGAACCUGGUGCUUUCCUACAUAACUCAAAGGGCAUCAACUAUGGUGUCAGACAAGAUGGAAGGUCGGUCAAUCACGUCGAACUCCCUCCAUGGGCAAAGGACCCUGAAGACUUUGUGAGGCAGCACCGUGAAGCACUAGAGUGUGAUUAUGUAACCGAGCAUCUACCAGACUGGAUAGAUCUUGUGUUUGGAUACAAGCAGACUGGCAUGGAAGCAGAGAAGGCAAACAAUGUGUUUUAUUACCUGACCUAUGAAGGUGCAGUGGAUCUCGACAGUAUUUCUGACCCUAACGAGAGGGCAUCUAUACGGGUACAAAUAAUGGAGUUUGGUCAAAUUCCCAGGAAGGUAUUCCUUAGUCCACAUCCCCGCAGGUUCAGGAGAUUGUCUAUGUCAGUGCCAACAUUGGAGCUGGGGACGGAACACGAAGGCAGGCCCCAGGUUGAAGAGCCUGGUGCAUCAUGUGCUCCAUGUGCCACUUUGGAUGAUAAUGGUGCAAUAGCAAGUGAUAAGGGGAAGACGGUGCUUUUGCGAGAGCCAGAGAAAUUGCGCCCUUUUCACAACCACUCACUACACAAGGAGGCAGUCCAGGAUGUGAAGUUCUCUGUUAGUGGUGAUCAGUUAUUCUCUGUCUCACAAGAUGCAUCGCUGAAACUGUAUUCACCUGAUGACAAGAAGCAAGUAAGGAGUUUCAAUAUCUCAAAAAUGGCGCUCUCUUCAUGUCUGCCCAUACCUGAGACAGCUACUGUUGCCAUUGGUUGUUGGGAUAACUACAUAUAUUUCUAUAGUGUGGAUUACGGUCGAGUUGUGGAAAGUAUAAUGGCCCACGAUGAUGCAGUCUCUGGUAUGGCUUGGAGAAAUGGACAUCUCAUCUCUGCAUCUUGGGAUUCUACAGUUAAGGUGUGGUCAUAUCACCAACCAUUGAGGGCAAAGACUACAGUCAAACUGCUGGUUGAAUUAGACCAUGAGAGUGCUGUGAUUUGCGUCGAUGCAAUUGAAGAUGGUCAGCUAAUAGCGUCAGGCACUAAAGAUGGCUUCAUCUACUUCUGGGAUACAGAAUCCUACAUUGCUGUCAAUCAAAAUCUAGUCCAUCAAGGAGCAGUGAACGCAGUCCAGUUCAGCUCUAACGGCAAAAGGCUUGCAUCUUCUGGUGAAGAUGGGGAAGUUGUGGUAUUGGAUGUUGAUACUGGGACCAAAGUCUGCACCUUCAAUGCACAAGCUCCACUGAAGAGCCUGUGGUGGGAUGAGACGACAGUCCUAGCUGGCAGUGGGGAUGGCUACCUUUACAUGUGGGACCUUCUGACCAACAGACUGCUACAGAAGAUAAAGACUCACCAAGGUGCCGUUAAUUGUGUCACGACUAGUUCUGAAGAAAUGGUUGCAACAGGUGGAGAAGAUGGCCGCGUCGUGCUUUGGAAUACGGCACAGUAUGUUUCCGCCGAGGUCGAAUGAUGUACAUUGUGCUGCCAAAAGUUUUCAUACUUGGAAAUGACUGAGGCUACUGCUCUUGCGCCGCAGCCAAUGAUUUCAUCGCAGUAUAAUCCGUCACAGCACGACUGGCUAUCGUUACUUUAUCGGUAGUCUCCCUUCCUUUCCCACGCAUCCAUGUUGCGACAACACUAACAUUACACUCACUCGUGGUUGUCGCAUGAGACACGCACUGAAAGCCAUCAUAAAUUCGCUAUAUAUAUUUCUUAUGUGUGAUGAAGAUGUGUAACCAGGGGAAAAUCGUUCAGACUUCGGUAGAUCGCGCAUCGUUGUUUAAAUUAUCCAUGAUAUAAGACUAUUGGAUAUUCGCCCAAGUGUCUGUGUAUAAUGUUGUUUUGCAGCUAUAUUUCCUUUGCUUAGUUUCUCGAGUAUGCAGAUCGGCUGGACUUAUCUGGUCUGAACGGCAAUGUAGUCAAGAAUAAA